AUGGGAAAUAAUUAAGUCACUGAACCACCUUAGUAGAUUUUAUAAGAAGCUGCUCAAAAUUUUCAAGAAUAGCUUCAAAUUGACCGAGAAUAAGAGGAGAAAAAGUGGAGAGAUUAAUUAAAGGUUUCUGAUAUGGUCGAUGCUAACCUAGAUAUUUAUAACACGGACUAAUUUUGUUGGGGCUAGGCUCAAAUAAUAAAAACAGAUGGUAUUAUAUUAGAACUUCAAUUUCUCUAUGAAUUAAACAUUCCAAAAAUAAUUAGUGCGGAAUUUUAAGCUGGAUCACCUUACAAGGCAGCAAAGAUAGGAUUCAGAAUAUACUGUGAGAAUGGCAUAGAACGUGAUCACUUGGGUAAAUUUAAUGGACAACCAGAGUCAGCUGAUAAAUACAUUACUCUCUACUCAACGAGAAUCAAACCUCUAGGCUCACAAACUUUGAAACCUUUUAAAGUCAUUUAUGCGGCAUCCUUUGGAACAUUGUCAUAAUUAAAAUAGCUGAUAGAAAGAGAUGGAUAUUUGAUUAAUGAGCUAUCAAACUAUAAAGAGACUCCAAUUUUUAUGGCUUGCUAUCAUGGCAGAUAAGAAAUAGUAGAAUAUCUUAUAGAAAAAAAAGCUUUUAUCAACAUAAAAACUAAUUAUUAUUUGACUCCAAUCUAAGCAGCAAUGAUUACUGGUAGAGAAAAGAUAGUUAAGUUGCUCUUAGAAAAUAGAGCUUAGCCUAGCCUUGAAUGUCAAUGUUAUUACACAAAAUAGCUAUUAGAUAAUCUUAAACCUGAAGUUACCUAAGUGAUUUUUGAGCAUCAUGAAUGGAAAAUUGUUAAAUAAGACUUAGUUGCUAUUGAUAAAAUAUUAAAAGAAAAACCAGCAAACCAAUUUUAGAAAAUAAAUUAAAAUAUUAUGCGGAAAAUUAUAAACGAAUAUAUCUGA